AUGGACGGCGAGGCCAUCUGCAGCGCCCUGCCCACCAUCCCCUACCAAAAGCUCGCCGACCUGCGCUACCUGAGCCGCGGCGCCUCGGGCACCGUGUCGUCCGCCCGCCACUCGGACUGGCGCGUCCAGGUGGCCGUGAAGCACCUGCACAUCCACACCCCGCUGCUCGACAGUGAAAGAAAUGAUGUCUUAAGAGAAGCUGAAAUUUUACACAAAGCUAGAUUUAGUUAUAUUCUUCCAAUCCUGGGAAUUUGCAAUGAGAUUGAAUUUUUGGGAAUAGUUACUGAAUACAUGCCAAAUGGAUCAUUAAAUGAGCUUCUACAUAGAAAAACAGAAUAUCCUGACGUUGCUUGGUCGUUGAGAUUUCGCAUCCUGCAUGAAAUUGCACUGGGAGUAAAUUACCUGCACAAUAUGAAUCCUCCUUUACUUCAUCAUGACUUGAAAACGCAGAACAUCUUAUUAGAUAAUGAAUUUCAUGUUAAGAUUGCCGAUUUUGGGUUAUCAAAAUGGCGUAUGAUGUCUCUGUCACAGUCACGAAGUAGCAAAUCUGCACCUGAAGGAGGGACAAUUAUCUAUAUGCCACCUGAAAACUAUGAACCUGGACAGAAAUCGAGGGCCAGUGUCAAGCAUGAUAUAUACAGUUAUGCUAUUAUCACAUGGGAAGUCUUAUCCAGAAAACAGCCAUUUGAUGACGUCACUAAUCCUUUGCAGAUUAUGUAUAGUGUAUCACAGGGACAUCGCCCUGACACUACUGAAGAAAGUUUACCAUUUGACAUACCUCACCGAACAGUGAUGGUCUCUCUUAUACAAAGUGGAUGGGCACAGAAUCCAGAUGAAAGACCGUCUUUCUUAAAAUGUAUAAUAGAACUUGAACCAAUUCUGAGAAGCUUUGAUGAGAUAACUUUUCUUGAAGCUGUCAUUCAACUAAAGAAAACAAAGAUACAAAGUAAUGCAAGUACUAUUCUCUUCAGUGACAAGAAGAAAAUGGAUUUAUCUCUGAACAUACCUGUAAAUCAUGGCCCACAAGAGGAAUCAUGUGGAUCCUCCCAACUGCAUAAAAGUAGUGAUUUUCCUGAAACCUCAAGCUUCCUGUCAACACCUCGAGAAAAUGACUUUUUAUCUAAACAAAAUCAGGAUUACCCAUCAAUGCUGCAUCAUCAACCUAUAAAUCACAGUUGGGAAAAUAACAUUUCUAUAGUUCCUCAGACUCAAUUGUGUGAUCACAAGUGCACCCCAAGCCCUUCAGCAGUAAUAAAUCUACUCUCAACUGUGGGGAAUUCAGAACGCCUGUCACCUGGUAUAGCCCAUCAGUGGAUCCAGAGUAAAAGGGAAGAUAUUGUCAGCCAAAUGACUGAAGCCUGCCUUAACCAGUCACUGGAUGCCCUUCUGUCCAGGGAUUUGAUUAUGAAGGAAGACUAUGAAUUGAUUAGUACAAAACCUACAAGGACCUCAAAAGUCAGACAAUUACUAGACACCACUGACAUACAAGGAGAAGAAUUUGCUAAAGUUAUUGUACUAAAGUUGAAAGAUAACAAGCAAAUGGGUCUUCAGCCUUACCCAGAAGUACUUGGAGUUUCUCGAGCACCUAAUUCAAAUUUCUUUCUAAAUAAAAGUUUAUGA